AUGCUCAUCACUAUUUGCUGGCUUUGCACAGCCAAUUCUAAAAAUCUUUCUGCUUUUGCGGAGGUGCAUUUGACAUCUUGUCAAUGGGUCCUGAGAUGGGAUAUAUAUGAAGAGAUAGAAGGAAGGGGAUACUGGGUUUUGAAGAUACCCAUCAACCAAAGUCCAAAGUCCACAGGCCAAAAUCUAAAUCCAAAUCCAAAUCCAAGAAAGUCUCACAUUACACUCAAGAAGCCUGGGACCGAGCGUCCUGAUUCGGAUUUCAAGAAAAGCAGCCGUGGUCUUGAAAACAGCACCGAGGACACUUCCAAGAUGAGCACGAACCCGAGUUGUUACAAGAUGACCCAGCCUCCAGCGCCCGCUCGGGGAAAAUAUAACGAGGGCGAGGAAAUCAUGUAUAAACCCCAAGGUUUUCCGGCUAUUCCCGUUACGGUAAUACGAUAUGAGGAGAAGAAUGGCAGGCAUGGAUAUUGGGUGAUGGCCCAAGAGGCGUGCCACUUCUGGGUAGACGGUGGCUCUCUGGAUUGGCCCCGCCGUGGUAGUGGUGCGUAA